GUCAAAACAAAAACGAAUUUCUCAAUUCUCACGUGUACAGAAUAGCACAGUAAUUUUGUUUUAGAUUAAGCGCGUUUAUUUAAUUUGUUUAAUAAUUUCGUAAAAAAUGUCAUCUUUUUUCCUUAAAAACAAACCAAAAGCAUCCAAAAAACGAAAGCAAGAAGCAACAAAAUCAUCAAAAGCUCCCAAACAACUCAAGAAAACUAACCAUUCAAAAGAUGAUGAAGAAAUCGACAGCGAUGAUGCCUUCGAUAGUGGCGAGGGUGAAGGUGGUGGCACCAAUCAAAACUACUUGAGUGAUGAGGAAAUUCCAGAGACUGCCCAGGACAAACGUCUCCGUUUAGCUAAGAAAUACCUCGAAGAAAUCGAGAAGGAAGAAAAAUCGCGUGCCGAGGACAAAGAAGUCUAUGACCAUGUGUCACAUCGUUUGCAAGAAGAAUACCUCGAAAGUGUUGGCAAGCUACGUCGCCAAAUCGCCGGCUCAAUCGUCGGCUACAGCAAAGACAAAGUUCUUAAGCACAAAAAGCAAUAUCUUCCUAUCACAGCUUUGGCAUUGACUUCGGAUGGGAAGUUCCUUUUCACAGGCGCUAAAACACAGCAUGUCAUUAAAUGGGACUUGGCUACACUUCGCCCAAUGGGUAGUUUCGAUGUUCAACCACAUACCGAAGAUCCAGAUCGAGGAAUCAGCAGAAGAUCGCAUGUGAUUGCGAUGUGCCUGUCGACCGAUUCGAAAUUCCUAGCUCUCGCCGAAGGUGGCAAUAACAUUCAAAUCUGGUGUCCUCAGGAGUUGAAACACUUGAAAACCUUCAAAGGGCAUCGUGAUGUAGUGACAGCUUUGGUCUUUAGGAAGGAUACACAUGAACUAUACUCAGGAAGUAAAGAUAGAUCGGUGAAGAUUUGGUCAGUGGACGAGAUGGCGUACAUAGAGAGUUUGUUUGGACAUCAAGCACAUGUGACAGGCAUUGACGCUCUGUCCAGGGAGCGUGCCAUUACCUCUGGUGGCAUCGAUUGCAGUCUGAGAAUAUGGAAAAUAACAGAAGAAUCCCAAUUGAUCUACAACGGUCACCGAGGGAGCAUAGAAGGUGUUAAGUUUAUCAACGAUGAGAACUUUGUUUCCUGCGGAAAUGAUGGAUCGCUUUGUCUUUGGAGUGCACUGAAAAAGAAAUCACUUGUCACUCAACCCACAGUCCAUGGUUUGCAAACAAACGGUGAAGCCAACUGGAUAUCGGCCCUGGCUGUUGUGGUAAAUACGGAUCUGAUUGCUUCCGGUUCCUGUGAUGGCUUCAUUCGACUUUGGCAAAUGAGUGACAAUGGCCGUAAACUCACUCAAAUCCUUGAAAUUCCUGUGCCUGGAUUCGUGAAUAGUCUAACAUUCAGUUCUGAUGGCCUCAAACUGAUAGCUGGCAUAGGUCAGGAGCAUCGUUUGGGACGUUGGUGGCGGAUAAAAGACUCAAAGAAUCAAGUUUUAAUUAUUGAUUUAAAAACAAAUACAAGUUGAUUUUAAGGAAAAACCCACAAAAUUUACUGUUUUUCUU